CCCCGGGCCCCCCCCGGCCGGGCUGGGGGGGCCCGUCCCGCCACCACCGGCCCCGCCGAGCCAUAAAGCCCAUGGGGAGCCGGCGGCGGGCGGGCUGAGCUCGGCGGCACCCGCGACCCCCCCAGCAAGAUGACGUCCUCCACCAAGGUGUACUACAGCCAGACGACGCAGACCGAGGGCCGCCCGCUGAUGGGGCCGGGGCUGCGGCGGCGCCGGGUGCUGACCAAGGACGGGCGGAGCAAUGUGCGCAUGGAGCACAUCUCGGACAAGCGCUUCCUGUACCUCAAGGACCUGUGGACCACCUUCAUUGACAUGCAGUGGCGCUACAAGCUGCUCCUCUUCUCCGCCACCUUCGCCGGCACCUGGUUUGCCUUCGGCGUCGUGUGGUACCUGGUGGCCGUGGCCCACGGAGACCUGCUGGAGUUCGACCCCCCCGCCAACCACACGCCGUGCGUCAUGCAGGUCCACACCCUGACCGGGGCCUUCCUGUUCUCCCUGGAGUCCCAGACCACCAUCGGCUAUGGGUUCCGCUACAUCAGCGAGGAGUGCCCCCUGGCCAUCGUGCUGCUCAUCACCCAGCUCGUCCUCACCACCAUCCUCGAGAUCUUCAUCACCGGCACCUUCCUGGCCAAGAUCGCGCGGCCCAAGAAGCGCGCCGAGACCAUCAAGUUCAGCCAGAACGCCGUGGUGGCCCAGCACGACGGCAAGACCUGCCUGAUGAUCCGCGUGGCCAACAUGAGGAAGAGCCUCCUCAUCGGCUGCCAGGUCACGGGGAAGCUGCUGCAGACCCAUCUCACCAAGGAGGGCGAGAGCGUGCGGCUCAACCAGCUCAACGUGGACUUCCAGGUGGACACGUCAUCCGACAGCCCCUUCCUCAUCCUCCCGCUCACCUUCUACCACGUGGUGGACGAGGCCAGCCCGCUGCGGGACGUGUCCCUGCGCUCGGGGGACGGGGACUUCGAGCUCGUGGUGAUCCUCAGCGGCACCGUGGAGUCCACCAGCGCCACGUGCCAGGUUCGCACGUCCUACCUGCCCGAGGAGAUCCUGUGGGGCUACGAGUUCACGCCGGCCAUCUCGCUCUCGGCCAGCGGCAAGUACGUGGCCGACUUCAGCCUCUUCGACCGUGUGGUGAAGGUGGCGGCGCCGCCGCGGUGCCACCACGAGGCCGUGCGGUUCGGGGACCCCGAGAAGGUGAAGCUGGAGGAGUCGCUGCGGGAGGCGGAGCGGGAAGGGGAGGGGGCCCCGCUCAGCGUCCGCAUCAGCAACGUCUGACGGGGACACCGGCCCAGGGAGGGGGCACCGGCCCCGGGGUGGCACCGACGGAUGGAGGUGGCACCAGCAACUGGAGGUGACACCAGUCCUGGCAUGGCACUGAUGGCUGGAGGUGACACUGGUGGAUGGAGGUGACACUGGUGGAUGGAGGUGACCCCAGGAACUGGAGGGAACACUGGUCCCAGGGUGGCACUGGCAGCUGGAGGUGACACCAGGAACUGGAGGUGACAUGGACAGCUGAAGGUGACACUGAUAUCUGGAGGUGACACUGAUGGAGGUGGCACUGACGGCUGGAGGUGGCACCAGCACCUGGAGGUGUCACCACAGCUGGAGAUGUCACCAAGUCUGGAGCUGUCACCAAGGACUGGAGGUUCCACCAGCCCUAAGGUGACACUGACAACUGGGGGUGUCACCAGCCUGGAGGUGCCACCAACUCCUGGAAGUGCCUCCAGCCCCUGGAGAUGUCACCAGCACCUGGAGGUGCCACCAAUGCCUGGAACUGCCACCAGGUCCUGGAGGCGUCACCAACACUUGAAGUUGCCACCAACACUGGAGAUGCCACAAGUCCCCUGAGGUGUCACCAGUUUCAAGGUGUCACCGACACUUGGAAGUGCCACCAACACCUGGAGGUGCCACCAGCUCAGAGGUGACACCAGUCCUUGGAGGUGCCACCAACACCUGGAAG